UUUUCUCAACUAUUGAACCUCGGAGCUUGCCGAGUCCCGCGGCCUGAGAAAGACCAUAUUACACACAGAAUGGUUGAACAGCCGAACGAUCCAAGUUGCCAUUUUGUAAAAGGAGACCGUUUUCCCCACUUUGUUUUAUAAAGAAAGCAACACUGAGAAAAAAAGAAACCGUGAAUGUGGGAAAGUGAGAAGACCCCCGGAUCACGAAAUGUUGGAAUGGAAGGCGCAGACUCUGACUCGCCGUCCUAAACAGGAGUAUGAAGUACUUUGCAGGUCUGCGAUCACCAAAAGUGAAACUUUGUUUCUCUGGGACGUCAAUAAACGCAUUUGGAGGAAUAUAAGAUCGCGGAUAGCAAAGCGUGCAGCCCAGUCUCUGAAACAUGGCCUCGGCUGUUAAUGUCUCUUCCGAGCAGGAAAACAGGGACCCCGAUCGGCCGAGGAUAACACGGAGGAGAAGGGGGACCUAUCGCACAACAACAACGGAUCCGGAGUAUUUACAGCGUCCCAGUUACUGUGAUGCCUCUUUUGCAUUGGAACAAAUAUCAGAGGGGACGGCGACUGGAAGAAAAGCGCCGCUAUGGCUGAGAGCGAAGUUUCAAAGACUCUUGUUUAAACUUGGGUGUUACAUUCAAAAAAACUGCGGAAAGUUUCUAGUCGUGGGGCUCUUAGUAUUUGGAGCUUUCGCUGUUGGCUUAAGGGCAGCUAAUCUGGAGACCGACGUGGAGAAACUCUGGGUGGAAGUGGGGGGCAGGGUGAAUCAGGAACUGAAGUACACGAGGCAGAAGAUGGGUGAGGAGGCCAUGUUCAACCCCCAGCUGAUGAUCCAGACUCCACGGGAGGAAGGCACUAAUGUUCUGACCGUGGAAGCUAUGCGACAGCACCUGGACUCUGCCAUCAGGGCCAGCAGAGUGCACGUUUACAUGUAUAACAGACAAUGGAAAUUGGAAGAUCUGUGCUACAAAUCAGGAGAACUUAUUACUGAAGCAAAUUUUAUGGAUCAGAUCAUAGAAAAAUUAUAUCCCUGUCUAAUUAUCACACCGUUGGAUUGCUUCUGGGAAGGUGCCAAGCUACAAUCAGGAACAGUCUACCUCCCUGGCAAGCCUCCAAUGCAGUGGACGAACUUUGACCCCAUGGCGUUCCUGGAGGAGCUGAGGGUGGUAAACUAUUCGGUGGACAGCUGGGAGGAGAUGCUGGUGAAGGCAGAUGUUCGUCGCGGCUAUAUGGACCGGCCAUGCUUGAACCCCGAGGACCCGGACUGUCCGUCCACGGCGCCCAACAAGAACAUCAUGUGGCCUCAAAACAUCGCCCAUGUUCUCAGCGGUGGCUGUCAUGGUCUCUCUAGGAAGUAUAUGCACUGGCAAGAGGAGCUUAUCGUAGGCGGGGUGACCAAGAAUGACAGCGGGAAGCUUCUGAGUGCUCAGGCCCUACAGACCAUGUUCCAGCUGAUGACCCCCAAGCAGAUGUAUGACCAUCUGAAGGGCUACGACGUGAUCUCCCACAUCAACUGGAAUGAGGACAAGGCUGCCGCCAUCCUGGAGGCCUGGCAGAGGAAGUACUCGGAGGCCGUCCAGCAGAGCGUGCCAGUCAACUCUUCUCAGAAGGUGCUCUCCUUCACGACUACUACGUUGGAGGACAUCCUGAAGUCCUUCUCUGACGUCAGUGUUAUCCGGGUGGCCAGCGGUUACCUGCUCAUGCUUGCCUACGCCUGCCUGACCAUGCUCCGCUGGGACUGCGCCAAGUCGCAGGGGGCCGUGGGCCUGGCAGGGGUCCUGCUGGUGGCGUUGUCCGUCGCCGCAGGGCUGGGCCUCUGCUCCCUCAUCGGCAUCUCCUUCAAUGCCGCCACAACUCAGGUUUUGCCAUUCCUCGCCCUGGGAGUUGGUGUCGACGACAUCUUCCUCUUGGCUCACGCCUUUAGCGAAACGGGUCAGAACAACAGGAUCCCAUUCGAGGACCGCACGGGGGAGUGCCUGAAGCGGACCGGGGCCAGCGUCGCACUCACCUCCAUCAGCAACGUCACCGCCUUCUUCAUGGCUGCCCUCAUCCCCAUUCCGGCGCUCAGGGCCUUUUCCCUGCAGGCGGCGGUGGUGGUCGUCUUCAAUUUCGCCAUGGUGCUGCUCAUCUUCCCCGCCAUCCUCAGCAUGGACCUGUACCGCCGCGAGGACCGGCGCUUUGACAUCUUCUGCUGCUUCGUCAGCCCAUGUGCCAAUCGUGUGAUCCAGAUGGAGCCACAGGCAUACCUGGAUGGCAUGGAGGCCGGGCGCUACAGCCCGCCGCCGUCCUACAGCAGCCACGGCUUCGCACAACAAACGCACAUCACCAUGCAGUCGACGGUGCAGCUGCGCACACAAUACGACCCGCGCACGCAGGCCUUCUACACCACGGCCGAGCCGUGCUCUGAGAUCUCCGUACAACCCAUCAACAACAACAACAACAACAGCAGCGGCCAGAGAGGCCAGGCCGGCUCUGGCUACACCCCCCAGGCCCAAGGCGAGGCUGCUGGCUUCCAGAGUCCUGAGAGCACCAGCUCCAUGCGGGACCUCCUCUCUCGGUCGGCCGAGCCCCCCCUGCGCUGUGUGGAGCCCCCCUGCUCCCACUGGACCUUUGCUUCCUUCGCCGAGAAGCACUAUGCUCCCUUCCUGCUUCAGCCCACCACCAAGGUGGUGGUCAUCGUGCUGUUCCUCUGCCUGUUGGUCGUCAGCCUGUAUGGCACUACUAGGGUCCGCGAUGGCCUGGAGCUCACUGACAUUGUGCCGCGGGAGACCCGCGAGUACGACUUCAUCGGUGCACAGUUCAAGUACUUCUCCUUCUACAACAUGUACGUGGUGACGCAGGGCGCGGACUAUGCGCGCGGCCAGGCCCUGCUCUACGAGCUGCACCAGCGUUUCGGCGCCGUCAAGUACGUGCUGCGGACCGACGACGGCCAGCUGCCCCGCAUGUGGCUACACUACUUCCGGGACUGGCUGCAAGGUCUUCAGAAUGCCUUCGACCGUGACUGGGAGGCGGGGAAGAUCACUCAGACCAACUACCGGAAUGGCUCAGACGACGGGGUUCUGGCCUACAAGCUCCUGGUGCAGACUGGCCGGAGAGACAAGCCCAUCAGUGCUAACCAGCUGACAAGGCAGCGCCUGGUGGACGCGGACGGCAUCAUCAACCCCGCCGCCUUCUACAUCUACUUGACCGCCUGGGUCAGUAACGACCCCGUUGCCUAUGCCGCCUCCCAGGCCAACAUCCGCCCCCACCCGCCGGAGUGGGUGCACGACCGCACGGACUCCAUGCCCGAGACUCGACUCAGCAUUCCUACUGCCGAGCCGAUCGAAUAUGCACAGUUCCCUUUCUACCUCAACGGCCUCCGGGAGACGCCGCAGUUCGUGGAGGCCAUCGAGAGCGUGCGGGCCGUCUGCAGCAACUACAGCCGGCAGGGCCUGCCCAGCUACCCCAACGGAUACCCCUUCCUGUUCUGGGAGCAGUACGUCAGCCUGCGUCACUGGCUGCUGCUCUCCAUCAGCGUGGUGCUGGCCUGCACCUUCCUGGUGUGCGCCCUCUUCCUGCUCAACCCCUGGACCGCCGGCAUCAUCGUGCUGGUCCUGUCCUUGAUGACCGUGGAGCUUUUCGGGAUGAUGGGCCUGAUCGGCAUCAAGCUGAGCGCCGUGCCCGUGGUCAUCCUCAUCGCCUCCGUGGGCAUCGGGGUGGAGUUCACCGUUCACGUGGCCUUGGCCUUCCUCACCGCCAUCGGUGACCGGCACCGGCGAGCGGUUCUGGCCCUGGAGCACAUGUUUGCCCCGGUCCUGGAUGGGGCAUUCUCCACCCUCUUGGGGGUCCUUAUGCUGGCUGGGUCUGAGUUUGACUUCAUCGUCAGGUACUUCUUUGCAGUCCUGGCCAUUCUGACUGUACUUGGUGUCCUCAAUGGAUUGGUCCUCCUUCCUGUUUUAUUGUCCUACUUUGGCCCAUAUCCUGAGGUUUCUCCAGUUGAUGGCCGAAACCAGCUGCCCACGCCGCCACCAGUGCCGGCCCCCCCAGUGGUCCAUUUCGCGGUGCGGCCCAGCCACGGGGGCGGAGGUACCGGCUCAGAUUCCUCGGACUCGGAGUACAGCUCCAGCACAAUGGCGUCGAGCAUCAGCCAGGAGCUGCAGCAGUACGAGGCAUGGCACUCGGAGGGGGGCACUGCGAGGCAGGAGGGCCCCCGACCCAACUGCACGCGCUCCGGCACACGGGGGCAGCCUGUCGGCAGAGCCCGGCAUACGGGCCCCCCGCUCUUCCCCUUCUCUGCUCCCAUUCAGUUGGACUCCAGGCAACAGCCUCCGCAUCCACAGCAUCGGCCCCACACCGCUCACCACCAGGGGGCGGCGGCGGCCCAGCCGGCACGCCAGUACACCAGCCGGGAUCCCAGGAGAGAGUCGGCGAGAGGCCCCCGGCAGCAGCACCAGCAGCCGCCGCCCCACAGGCUGCGGACGGAUGCUUUCGAGGCGACCGCCAAGGGUCCCCGCCAUCCCGGACCAGGCCUCAGGGACAGAUCAGGGCCGCGGACCUGUCCCCGCAAACCCCGUGCUCAAACCACCUUCGCUGCUCCCGACCCCAUCUACGGCCAGCCCAUCACCACGGUGACUGCCUCCGCCUCAGUGACAGUGGCGGUCCACUCUGGCCUGCCUCCGCAGAACCCUGCAUACCCAGCCUAUCCCUCGUCAGACGGGUACCAGCCGGCCGACCACAUGGACCCUGACCCUCCCUUCCCUGACCCCCACGUGCCCUUCGAAGGGCAGCCAGAGGAGAAGGAGGCGACAGAGGCCAUUGAGCUGCAGGACGUGGAAUGUGAAGCCCGGUGCGAUGGCAGGAGGUCAGACAGCUGAGUCUCUGCAAAGCCUGAAGGCCAAACUACGGACCUCCUUGCCCCGACAGCACCAGACGGGAUGGGUGCACCUGCGACCUUUACUGUAACCUGAUGUAAUAUUGUUAGAUAUUUUUAUAAAUAUUUAAAAGAUGUACACACGUGUAAAUACAAAAUGGAGCUAUAAUUUAGAAGCAGUCCGACUCGCGUUUAACAAGCGACGCCAUCGUUGGGUGGAUGCAUGCGUGAUUGUGCCAUCUACAUGUUCUGCGUGGUUACUGUAAUAUCAUUGUUUUGGUUUUUUUUGUUCUUAAUUUGUGCCACAAGAAAGCUUCACCCACGCGAAUAUUUCAGCAUAUGUUUUGCUGCUUAAAUAUUGUAUAAUUGUGUGAUUCUAUGCAAAUACUGCUUUUAUGUGUCAGGAGUGUGUGAGAAGCGUGUCUUAAGCCCUGUCAUGGAACUGAAAGGUCGAGAGGUUGAGCAGACAGUUUGAACCAAACAUUUGGAUCACUUUUUUUUUCUAGUCCUUGAUUCCCAAACAUUGAGUGGGCAGCUAAUGCUGAUUUAUGCUAAGUAAUUAUCAUUUGGGAAGCAAGCAAAACCACAUCUUAACGACUCAUUCUGGUGCCACAUUCCGCCAGUGACUCUCUUACGUUGCUCAAAGGCAUCAAAUUAAAAUGUCUCUGUUACUCGUUCAGGCAAUGGGGUGCCUUGAGUUGUGUCGCUGACACCCCCUCCUCGCAUUGGCGCCGUUAGCUAGUCUUCGCCAUACUUUGAAAAUGCCGUCCGCUUCAUGGCGGCUAAAUUGAUGUCUGACAAUGUUUCAUGGAGGGCAAUAGCGCUUCGCCUGCAUGUCUGGCUUACAUGCACGUAUGAAUGUCUGUGUGUGUAUAAAGGUACGCAUCUUUUAACGUUAGCUUGGAUAUCACAAACCUGUGGUAGUUAUGAGACACGCUAUGCGUGGUAUUUAAAUUGAGCAGAUAUGAAGAAGAAGGGGAAAAAAACAAUCGGAAAAGCAUGCUCCUCACCGCGGCCGCCGCUCUCUAAGCACGGCCUCUCUGUUCUCGCCGCCGCUCUCCCCUCUGCUCUCCCCUCUGCUCUUUUGGCCCCUGUGCUGGUUUACUGUAAGCGCCCCUUUGCCCAUUUCCCAGCAUCCCCUCAGCUGAACCCUGCCGCCACAUCUUGCCUGCAUCGGUGAUACGACACCACCAGCAUAACAAGCUUGGUCAGACCCCCCCUCUGACGGUGUGCCGUCUUCGGUCCCGGGGGGACAUUUUUGGGUGCUUUACUUUUGGUGAUUUUUGGUGAUGAGCUUUUUCUCUUGUUUCUGACUGACUGACUGAAUGAAUGAAGGUGUUGUGGAACACUGACUCUCUAGCAUUUCCUGCUCCGUGGGCCCUAUGCCUCUAACCAGCUCUUUCAAUGGAGUGCCUCAAACCCAUAACGUCAGUACUGUUGAGAUAUUACAUAUUUAAAUGGUUAUAAGCUACACUCUGUCCCAGCCAAGGCACUUGACUACAUUGUUGCAUCUGCAGGAGACGUUGGCCGUUUAUUCCCUUUUGUAUUUUCCCUCAUUCUGAAGAAGUUGCCACGACAAGCGUACUAAAGGGUUAGCGCUGCACGGCCUUGUGGGAUCAGCCUCCUCUCAGCCAGCUUGACGGCUCUUUUUAGCUGACUAAUAGACGCAGGUCUCUUCUGACCUCACCUCGUAAAAAUCCACGGUGGAACACUAAUUGCAAGUUCCUCCUCAGCUGCCAAAUGGCGCCAAAUCGGGCCAAACGCGAGUACUUUAGAGGUCAGGGGUCACAUGUUCCCCUUGCAGUCGCUAGGCCAGUGUGUUUGUGUCAAUGGCUGUUUCCACCUCACGAACUUCCUGUCAAACACAUUUGUAUUCUCUUUACAAGCCGUUGUUUCUGUUUCUGUGUCUGUCUGCUGCUUCUGUGGGAAAAAAAUUAUAUAUAUAAAUAUAUAUAUAUAUAUUAUUUAGUUUUUCUUUUUCUCCUGAUGUCACAUUGGCAGAAAGGAGAAAUAUGUGGCUGGCAACUAUUUUAUUAUUUUAUUUUUUAUUUUUUUUUUGUUUUUGUCAUAUUUUAUUAUUUUUUUACUUUGUUUUGUGAUAUUUAUAUUUUUGUAUAAAAAGAUGGUUGUUCUUACAUUAUUGGUCAUAAUGCCAGUUUAUAACAAAUGCAGGGAUUUUUACUUCUAUUGAAAAACACUAUUACAGUUAUGUAUUUACUUAAUGGAUUUUGAUCUGUAUAAAGUGCGUACUAAUGUUAAAUAGGGAAAAGAGUAUAUAACAUUUACAUUACAGACUCAUCAUAGCUCUUAGUGAGGAUUUAAAAGGAAAAAAUAUUCAGAUCUCACUGACUGCCAAUUUUCUUGGCAUCAGUGGACGUUUGUCAUUUCAGUUACAAAGAUAAAUGUAUGCCAUAUAAUUUAUUUAUAUGAAAAUUUAUUUUUGUAGUGUACAUAGUAGUUGUCAAGUUAUUUGACAGAAGUAUAUUUUUAAAGAGUUUAUAUGUAAUGAUCAUGUUUUGUUGGAACAUAAGAGAGAUGUUACAUUGUACUUUCAUUGCUAAGUUGCUCUCAGAUUUUUUUAAUGGAAAAAGCCCCCUACAGUAUUAUAGGAGAGUGAAAUUGGUAAAGCUGUUUUGGGUAUGUGAAAAGCUAGCCAUGAAAGUAGAAAUCGUACUAGAUCUCUAAAUAUUAAUGUUCAAACACUGAUAGAAUUCUAACAAAUAAAAAAAAUAUAACUUAUUUGUCUUUUGUUUAUGACUUUAUUAAAAAUGAAUCUUAAAGGAA